AGGAAAUGUAUAUUCCAGUCUCUUAUUUCCAUGCUAUGGAUGUACAGGGCUGGAACAGAAAGGGGAGGAUUCCAAGGCAUUCCUUCCCCAGUUUCAAAAGACAAAUCAUUGGUUUGAUAAGCACAUCGCGACAUCGGUAACAAAUUUUUACUUUUAAAUGAUGUAACACUAAAAUUUAAUCGAAUUGUAUCGUCAAAUUGAUAUAUAUUAAAUAUUUUAAAAUAAAAGAGAUUGGAAUCUUGUUUGAUUGUGCACUGUGUCGUUAAUAGGUGAAAAUGUAUUGCCUUCGUGAAAUCUUAUUGAGAUGGCAAACAUUUACUAUACGGUUUAGCAACACCCUUUUUCAGGACAUUGUCGACCACUUUAAUAUAUAAUAAAAUAAAAUACCAUUGUAAUGCACAUAUAUGCAGUUACUUUGCUUAUUGAUAAUAUAUUGUCAUCACAUAACAUUGCAUUCUAAAGGACUCUAUAACUAAAACUCUUCAUUCUCUGUCAUUCAAAAAAGUUUUUUUAUUUGAAGACGUAUAUUUAAAGACGCUAUGAAGUUCAUAAUCGAGGUAUUGAAACUAUUUAUAAGGAAGCCGUCUUCGGGCGAAACUUUCAGAGCUUGGAUACUAUCUGCUCUUAUGGUUCAUGGAGCAGUAGCUGGCAACCCGGAUGCUAAACGCUUAUAUGAUGACCUCUUGAGCAACUAUAACAAAUUAGUUCGACCUGUUGUUAAUACCACGGAUGUUCUCAAAGUUUGCAUAAAAUUAAAGCUUUCGCAGCUUAUAGAUGUGAACCUAAAAAAUCAAAUAAUGACCACAAAUCUUUGGGUUGAACAGUCCUGGUACGAUUACAAACUUCGAUGGGAACCAAAAGAAUAUGGUGGAGUUCAUAUGUUACAUGUUCCUUCCGAUCAUAUAUGGAGACCUGACAUUGUUCUUUAUAAUAAGUGAGUAAAACAAAGAUUUAUUGCAUGACUUUUGUGUUUCAUUUCCCUUUAAAGUACUCAAGCUCUUUAAGGCAGUUAAGAUAAGUUAUUAUUAACACAUGUUUAUGUCUCGACUUAUAUCCGAUAC